AUGGCACAGAAAAUGUGCUAUCAAACUGAUUGCACCAACGAGCUUCGGAUGGUGGCUGAUCCGGUGGAGCUUGACAUUUUUGACGACUUCAUCAAAGGCUCUCAGUACCAACAGCCUGUUGAGGAUGGCAUCAUCAAAGAUGGUGACCCUGUCUUAAUGAUUGCGGCCAACGGUGCUCAGCUCUAUGAGGACAAACAAUCUGACUGCUGGAUUGUUGCUAUGGUUAUACUUGACAUAUCGCCAGCCGAACACUACAAGAAAAAAUAUGUUGUACCCAUCACUGUCAUCCUGGGCCCUAACAAGCCCCAGAAUCUUGACUCUUUCCUUUUUCCAUACCACCUCACAGCCAUUCAGCGUGAGGGUUUGGUGCUCUUCAACGGCCUCACACACGAUCUUCGGACAUGCAGUCCAUUUCUCUGA